GAAUUGGCGCAAUUUGUUAUUUUUUCUUGAGUGGCGGUGGUGUUAUGUUUUUCAUGCGUUCGGAGAAAUCUUUACUUUUCCUUUCUCAAGCUAGUUUUACCUUCAGCUCUUUUUAUUCUUGCAAGUGUUCUUUUUGUAAGACAUGCAGUGGCUCUAGCUGGCGUUUCCGUUCCAAAACUUUGUUUCCUUCAAAUGCUAGGAACUUGAAGGGAAAAAGAACGACUCCUGUCUUUUAUUCGCAAAAUUCUCUUUCUAAUGGCGACAAUUUUACUUCCCCUGGUAAUGAGUAUUCCAGUAGUCGUAAGGAAAAUGAUAGUUUUGGAGAGAGCACGAUGUCUGGUGCCUACAAUACCAGCAACAACGGCGGUGAGAGCAAAUCUAACUCACAGCAGGACCCCACGGAAGAGGUCCCAUUCGGCAUAGGCGAGGCGGCCAGGCGAUACAAUCGCAAGAUACGACUAUAUCAGUUAUGUGCUAGUACAGAUAGGGGUCAAAUGAGCAGACCAGAGCAACGCUCUGAAGUAGAAGAUUUGGCAGCAGAAUUGGAGUCGUUGAAUCCUACGCCCAAUCCCUUGGAUGGAACCAAACUCGAUGGCUCCUGGGAACUUAUAUAUAGUUCUGUACCUUUUUACAAGACAAAUCCUCUUUUGUUAGCUUCAGUUACUCCAUUCUUGAGGAUCGGUCAGUGGAGACAAAAUAUUUCCCUGUCUUAUGGAGAGCUGAUGAAUGAAGUAGACCUUGAAGCAUUUCCAGGGUUGAUGGGUACCAUUUUACAACAAACACGAGUAACUCCUGUGGGUGGAGAGAGACUAGAAAUAGUGAUUGAUAAAACGAGUUUGAAAGGACGUUCUGUUGCUAACCGACUUGAUUUGGGUGGUAUUCAAUUGGAUAUACCAUUUGGAGACAUCUUACGACGAGUUCAAGGCUCUUCUUCUGAACUUUUUCUUGACACUUAUUAUUUGGACGAUGAUUUGCGUAUAAGUCGUACUCGAGGAGGUCGUUUGUUGAUUUUUAGUAGAGUCAAAUGAUUCUUUGUAUGUUAGCUUUAUCUUUUUGUUUUGUUGGGGUUUGUAGAAAUAGAGCAAGUGGGAAAGUUGUGUGUUAGCUUUUUGAGAAUAAAUGAGUGUUUUGUUUUUAAUUGAUAUGUCUAUUGAUAAAGUUGCUAUGCAAAUU